AGGGUCAAAUCUGCGCCCGACUGCCUCUUCUCCUCUAUUUUACACCCCCAGCAGCAUCAUAGACAUAUACGCUUGCUUCUUGUGCAAGUUUCUAAUUUUUAGCUGCGGUGGAAGAGACUUCUUCCUGUGACGUUCCCUCGUCAAAAUAUAAUCCCAUUACAUUUACAGAUCCCAUGCAGCUGCAGAGCUGCUACCUUAAAUUCUGUUUACCGCUCACGGACAUACGCCCGACACGUUUCAAACUCUAUCAUCCUCUUAGCAUCGUGUUGCUAGCCGAUCAAUCAUGUACAACCCAUCUUCAUCCUAUCCUGCCAUGGGGGAAGGAGAUGGCCUUCCCGCUACGGGCGCAAUAGGUGGGGCGCCAAUGCAACAUAACAUCAAGAGAGCUGUCGUAAAACCUCCACCAAGAGCGUUCACAGUCAAGGUUCUAGAUCCUGUAAGACAUGGAGGUGCUUUUAGCUAUGGAAUUCGAGUAUGCCCGGUGAUAAGAGACUUCGAGGAUGGUCAAUCUUCGAGGUCCUCGAGGUCAUCUGGGUCUUCUGGCUCGAUGAAGGAGUACGAAGUGUGGCGUCGUUGGGAGGACUGUCUAUGGUUCCAAGAACUGCUGGAAGACGAGUACUCUCACAUGGCCAGAUUAAAGCGUCAACGAUUGGCUGCUGGGAAGGGAGUUAAGAAAGACGGCAUGUACAAACAUCCCGACCAGGCGGCGUCCUUCGAUUCGUUACCUCCAGGCCCCGAAGUCAACAGCGUUGCAAAGGACGUUCAUAGUAUCAUCCCGAAGCUAUCAAGAAAGGGGACGUUGUUUCGCCCGAGUCAGGCCACUGUUGACCAGAGGGGAAGAGAAUUCAGGGCAAUGAUUGAAGCCCUGUUCGAGGAAGACGUGCCUACUCUUAUCAAAGAACUUCGGGACUCGAGAGUCAUUCGCGACUUCUUCGCGUACUGGAGACGAGAUAAGGAUCGCGAAAAGAAGAUGAACGAGAAAUCCACUACGGGAGCGUCGACGCGAAACAGUCGAGCCUCUAUUGCGAGCAGCGCGUUCUCAAUGUACUUCUCUUCCUCAAACAUUUCCCUUCAGCUCCCAAAUGCGUAUUCAGAUCUACCUCCUAGUCCCACAUCCGCACGUCAACCAAGCAGAACUAAUGUUGGCGUGGACAUUGGGCCCACUCCUUUGUCAUCCCGCGUGAAUUCUAUGCAUUCCCCAACUGCCCCUGCCUCCGCACCCGCUGCUAUGACAUUCACCGUAAACAAACACGGCUCCCUUGCUUCGGCAGCGUUAGACGAUUUCGGCACAAACACUGUUGCAGAAUCACAAUCCCGUGUACACUCGAGUCACACUACAGGGCGUCGCCCUCGUGCCAUGAGCUUGGAUACUCACUUACAGGAUGUACCAGUGGAGACUGACGAGUUCGUGGACGAGCUCCCCAUAAUUUUCUCACCAGAAGAUCAAGACUGGUCCCAGUCUCUCGCUCCAGAACGUCCCAGUACUCUCGAAGUACUUCCCGAAGAGGAUGAAAUGGCAUCAGGCAUGUCAGGAAUGACACUGUUGACAGAAGAUCUGCCACCUCCAACGCCUCGUCGCCUGAGAAACGACUCAUUUCCCGAGCGCGGAAGUCACAGGAAUGCCAUGGUAUUCGCUUCAUCGGCACAUGAACCUACAGUCGUCGAUCCCGAUGGGGUCCUCACUGUUGAGGGCAUGCAUCCUCACGAUGAAGUACAGUCUAUCGCAGAUACCGUGGACACCGUGAUGGCGCCCAAAUACCCUCACACGAACUCCAGUGCAUCGACUUAUUCUUCAACGAGUUUCAGCAAUAUGUCGGACAGUUCGUCUUGGAGAGCUUCGAUCGCAUCAUUUACGAGUUUCGCCCCAAGUGCCUCUACGGAUUGCUUUGAAGAUGCUAUGGCGGAGGUUGAACAAGCUCUGGCUGACAGCGAAAGACGUCCAAGGCACGCGCCGCGAGCAAGUGUGGCGACUAUGAAUUCGAUAUUGUCAGAUUCGUCCGUGGAUGCCGUCAUUCCGAAGCGCUUCAUGCAGUCUACACCUACAGGAUUGCGGAGAUCGUUAUCCGCAGGAAGCCAGCGCCGUGCGGUACCGACGCUUACGAUCCCCACGGAGGAAGUGUGGUAUGAGCAGCAGGAGGAAUUGAUCGAUGCAUACUUUUACGACCCUACUCUGCGCUCGUCAGCAGAAAAUCGUGAAGAAGCCCUGGAAGGAGUCCCAGUAGAGGUCCCAGAAGAGAUUCCUGAAGAGCCCCCACAUACACCAGGAAGAGAACGCAUAUCUCAAUCAGUCACUCAAAGCAUAUCUACCCCCGAGCGAUACCCCAGACCAUUCCAAAACCGACCACCGGGACAAUUCCAUCUACCUUGGAGCCCGGAAGCGACCUCUCCAACACCCACAUCAGCCUCGAGUCUUCGAAGUGCCUCCAAUGCUGAUACAUUCACCAUCAAAGUGGCCCAAGGGGAGACAGCGGUCCUCCUUCGAGCUGCGUACACUAUGUCGCUCGAUCAAGUACGGGAGAGGAUCAAGGACAAAUUUGCUUCACAGGAAGGAAUCAGUCUCUCACCGAACUUCGUCGUGGCGAUCGCGACUUCCGCCACCAUGAAGGCACCUAGAGGCCGUCCGCGCUCCCAUUCUACCUCAGCCGUUGGCCUCGUCAACACUAGCGGUUUGCGAUACAUCACCACCGAGUUCGAAUGGCAAGAACUCAUAUCUACUUGCUCUAGCAAGCUAACCCUUCGCAUUAUUCAUUAGACACUUUCGUCUUCGUCUUCCCUCCUUCAAUUCCUUGACGAUCUUCAUGACUUCUGCUCCCAUCUCUUUGUAAUACUAGUUCUUCGUGUUCUCGAGUCAUCAUGUUGUAUUUCUUCGCUUUCACCUGGCGUCCAUCUUGUGAUCCUUGUUUUGCGUUCCCUCGUGUGAAUGCUGGACUGUUUUGUCCAUAAUUUAAUGUUACAAAAGUAGUGGGAUAUAUCAUUAGACAUUUCUAUGUGUACAAUACUCUUGAGUUGCAGGUGUGCGAGAUGAAAUGUGUAGAACAAUACAGAAUCGAAUCAUGCUCCGACC